AGAGACGUUAUCCAUUAAAAGAUAUUUGAGAUUGAUUCUAAGGACAUACACAGCUAGUGUGUUUCAUUACAGCUUGAAAAGAAGGCUUCAGAGAAUAACUCAGAUAUUCCUGGAGGCACAUUUGAAGACUGGACCACCAUUCCACAUUGCAAAAUGGUCCAGCUGAUAGCCACUCCUCAGAGUGCACUUGUGGAUGAGCCAGUGCAUGUCUAUGUCACAGGCCUAAGACCUUUCCAGGUGGUGUGUCUUCAGGCAUCCUUGCAAGAUGAAAAGCAGAAUCUGUUCCAUUCUGAGGCCUAUUACAAGGCCAAUGAAGCUGGUGAGGUAGAUUUGAAGCGUGAUCCUGCACUUGGAGGUGACUAUGUGGGAGUCCACCCCAUGGGGCUCUUCUGGUCCUUGAAACCUGAAAAACUGUUAACAAGAUUGAUGAAAAGAGACGUGAAUAUCCCAUUCCAGGUCCAAUUAAAACUUCGUGAGCCAUAUUUUCCAGUAAAAUAUUUCCCUGCCAGUGCUCCGAUGGCCACCCUGACUGUGGAAAGGUGGUAUGUGGCACCUGGUGUCACUCGGAUCCCGGUGAGGGAAGGCCGCCUCCGGGGAGCCCUCUUUCUUCCUCCAGGUUUUAUUGAAGAGAUUCCUGAAGACUCAUUCAAGGAGCCACAUUGCAAAAUGGUCCAGCUGACAGCCACUCCUCAGAGUGCACUUGUGGAUGAGCCCGUGCACGUCCGUGUCACCGGCCUAAGACCUUUCCAGGUGGUGUGUCUUCAGGCAUCCUUGCAAGAUGAAAAGCAGAAUCUGUUCCAUUCUGAGGCCUAUUACAAGGCCAAUGAAGCUGGUGAGGUAGAUUUGGAGCGUGAUCCUGCACUUGGAGGUGACUAUGUGGGAGUCCACCCCAUGGGGCUCUUCUGGUCCUUGAAACCUGAAAAACUGUUAACAAGAUUGAUGAAAAGAGACGUGAAUAUCCCAUUCCAGGUCCAAUUAAAACUUUGUGAGCCAUAUUUUCCAGUAAAAUAUUUACCUGCCAGUGCUCUGAUGGCCACCCUGACUGUGGAAAGGUGGUAUGUGGCACCUGGUGUCACUCGGAUCCCGGUGAGGGAAGGCCGCCUCCGGGGAGCCCUCUUUCUUCCUCCAGGAGAGGGCCGUUUCCCAGGGGUACUUGAUUUGUUUGGUGGGGCUGGUGGCCUACUUGAAUUCCGGGCCAGUCUGCUGGCCAGUCACAGCUUUGCUUCCUUGGCCUUGGCUUAUUUUGGCUACGAUGACUUGCCUGCUUAUCUUGAAAAAGUGGAUUUAGACUAUUUUGAGGAGGCUGCUGACUUUCUCCUGAGACAUCCUAAGGUUUUAGGCCCAGGCAUUGGGAUAGUCUCCGUAUGUAAAGGAGCAGAGAUUGGAUUGUCUUUGGCCAUUCAACUAAAACAAAUCACAGCAACAGUGCUUAUUAAUGGGCCUAACUUCAUUAUUAGUGUUCCACACAUAUAUCGUGGUCAGAUCAUUGAGCCUGCACAUGUCUCAGUUGAGUAUGAAUCCAUUAAUGUCUUUGGAUUCGCAGAGUUUUAUCAGGUUUAUACAAAAUGUGAAACUGGAAUUAGCCAGUUUUUCCUUCCUAUUGAAAAGGCCCAGGGACAUUUCCUCUUCAUUGUGGGAGAAGAAGAUAAGAAUCUCAAUAGCAAAGUACACGCUGCAGAAGCCAUUGAACAGCUGAAGAGGAAUGGGAAGAACAACUGGACCCUACUGUCUUACCCAGGGGCCGGCCACCUGAUAGAACCCCCCUAUUCUCCAAUGUGUCGCGCUUCUAGGAUCCCUUUGAUCGUGCCACCCAUUCACUGGGGAGGAGAACUUAUCCCACACGCAGCUGCACAAGAACAUGCUUGGAAGGAAAUCCAGAAAUUUCUGAAGAAAUACCUCACUCCAGGGUUGAAUAGUCAACUAUGAGAAACUGGGUAUAGUUAGGAAGGAGAAAGUAAAUCUGUUUCCAGCACCUUCUCUUAAUUUUCCUGAAAGAAUAGCUAUACUGUUGUUGUAAGAAGGAAGUUAUUAUAGCAAAAUAAUGAUAGUUGAGAAAUCUAAUGCUUUGAUUUGUGAAAAACAACAGUUGUUUCCAUUUAAUGAAAUUUCACUGAGAGUCCUAUAAUACAGAAUGAACACACAGUUAUACUUGUCCUAAAAUUUUCAACAUCAUAACAGUUUUCAAUCGUAGUAUUACAGACAGCUAAGUUAGGCAGAAAUAUUAUAGGCAGUCAGAUAAGUCUAGGUCCUAGAGAGAACCAGGACAAAGGUGAAAAUGCACCACAGCUGAGCCCAGAGAUGUAUCAGUUGGAGGCCAGGCUGUAAGACAACAACAAAAGAACCAGCCUACCUAUCUCUCAAAGAAUUAGAGAAGUGUUAACACUUGGUCUAAUUAGGUGAAGAUAGGUAUCAAGAUCCUAUCUUGGCAAUCAAGAUCCUAGGAUCCAUUACCUACCUAAGAGGUUCUUUGUUCUUUCUGUGUCUGCUGCCUGUGUGAUCUGCUUCCCCACUGAAUCAGUGUUACCCCAGAAGCUAUACUUAUAAUCUUAUUAGUUGAUCUUAGCUGUAACUCAUGUUGUACCUAUGUGAUUGAGCUUCAUAAAAUAUUCCCUAAGAAGUGGGGUCUUUAAAAAUUGGCCAACUCAAUUUUUGAUGUCCCCUCUUGUCACUCUCAGACAAGAGGUUUCUAUCCCUUAAUAAAUAUUUCCUACUAUUAACCACCAUUAUUUAUAGAAUUCAUUCUUUAAUUUUAGAGAGCACGAACUUGCCAAUAUCAGACGCCUAACAUAUUGGGGGUUAUAAUAUUUCCUUUAUAUAAUAUUCGGAGUUUCUGAUAACAUUCCUAUGUCACAAGCAAUUAUAGGAGGAAAAUGUAACCAUAGAGAGUCAUGGAAUUGCACACAGACCACUGUUAAUUUCCUAAAAUUUAAAUUGAAUAAAUGUAGAUCUCUAAUGUUUGAAA